AUGGAGUGUUCUGGGUCCCAGCAGCGAAGAAGAAGUGCGAGCAUCGGCUUCUCGCAGUUCCAAAUCAGCUUCCCCCACUCCACUGCCACACCCGCAGAAGCGAACGACGUGCAAGCGAAUGGCUUUCAUAACGCCUGCGAAGGGCGUCCGCGCCCGACGCUCGUUUCUCGUGGGCGCCUGAAAUCAGGCCGCCAUCAGAUCUGGUUGAUGGCUUUUCAGAUUCGGUCGGCCGACUUGUUUCUGCUCGACGACCGUCCCGCAUCCAGCACGACAGCCCCCGCCUCGCAAGCCCUCGAGGGACUUGUACCCAUGGCUGUCGGACUGUUAGUAGCCCGUAUACCGACCCCCAGCUCACCAGACGAUGACACUACGUACCGAGACGACACGGAAAAGGGCGAGGUUGAAACACGUUGGACUCCGAGCGAGAUCCUGCUCGCGGCGCAGCUGGGGGUUUUAGCUUCACAGCAUCAUCGAAGCGAGUACAGCUGUCAGAAGCAUGGCCCAAAGGGCGCACCCACAGCCUAUGUACCACUAUCCUUACAAUUCCCAGAUCAUUUCCAGCAGCUCUUGGAACAGCAAGCGGCGUAUGCUGACCGCCAAGCGUGGUGGCCAAGCCGAAAGCCUGCCACUCCACACGACCCGGACGAACGCGAUCUCAGAUGUCACGAACCUGCCAUCAUAAGGCACAUGCCCUCCCCCUCUACUUUACAAGAGGAUCUCCUUAAUGCAAUAUCGUCAUCCUUAAUGCCGCAAGCAAAAGUCCCUUCAUCUAAUACGGAACCGAUACCUCCAAUCAAGACAUCACAGACACAUCCCCUUAAUAUCUCCAUGUUGAUACCCCCAGAAAUGCUAUCUGUCAUCGCCGCACAUCUUACACAACCUAUCGCGCCGUCACCCACGAUGUUCGACCUGCCCCUUUCAUGUCAACUGCACCGCUCAAUACCAUUACCUCUCUAUCGGACGCUCACUAUGCCGGGCCCGGGGACGAAGCCCGAAUCCGUAACCGACCUGCCCGUCCCUGCAAUACGCAAAGCACUCAGGCCCAACUCUACGAGCUUUGUCAGCCUGCUGUGGAACCAGAAGCUUGUGCGCAAAGCGGCCGUCUUCUCUGCGCCUAUCAAGUCAUCCCAUGCUACGCAUUCGGCCCAACACACCGUCUCGGUUGCCUCUGCCGUCGUGACGAUGGGUGCGCGCCCAAACUCCGUUGGUCUACCGCCUGUCCGCGGCGCGCCAACGCCCGCUUACGUGUGGUCGCGGACCUCAACCGACGAAAAGAUCGGUCAGGGUCUGACAAACGUCAUGCCCGCCGCAGACGUCAGCCGCGCCCGGUACGAAAGGCCCUCGGCGAUGCGCCGACGAUCCGCAGCGGCCGCGUCGCUAGACAGGCCGCCACGACUGCUCGGGAACCUCUUCCUCUCGUCGUGCCCAGGGAAGAAAGUGCGCCUGAACGGCCCCGUCAACGGCAGGGGUGGCGUCUACCGAGAUCUGCGACAAGAUCUGAAGCGCAUCAAGGAGCUUGGCGUGGGUUGUGUGGUGUGCUGCCUCGACGACGACGAACUGCAGUACCUCGGCGCGCCGUGGGAAGAGUACGCGCAGACCGCCGACGAACUCCGUCUCGACGUCCUUCGCAUCCCCACGCCAGAGGGACUCGCCCCCGCGGACGCCGCCGUGCUCGACGCGCACCUCGCGCGGCUCAUCGACGCCUACACGCUCCGCGGCAUCCCGGUCCUCGUGCACUGCCGCGGCGGCGUCGGGCGCGCGGGCCUCGUCGCGUGCUGCUGGGCGUUGAAGCUCGGGCUCUGUGGUUGGCUCGAGACACCCCCGCGCGCGUCGCGGCUGAGCUGCACCGCGCCCGAGGACCUGGACGACGUGCCGCCGCACGACGCGCCCGGCGCGGGUGCAGGUGCAGGCGGCGCCGUCCGCCACGACACGCUGCGCCUCGUUGAGCGUGCCAUCGCGCUCGUGCGUCGCCGCCGCAGCGCGAAGGCCGUCGAGACGUUCGAGCAGGUCCGGUUCCUCGCCGCGUACGUCGACCACGUCCGGGGCGCCGCUGCCGCCGCCGCCGCCGCGGCACAGGCGUCGUCGGCCGCGCUGCUCGAUCGGGACAUCAUCGGGGCGAGGUGAGAUCUUCGCGGUUCGCGCGAUCGGUCGGCGACGCGGAAGGGAAAACGCCACGAAGACGAAGGAUACCCACAUUUGUACCGGAGCCAUCUCUAAUUUGUUGUCAGUUUACAUAAGCACAUACCCCUAUACCCGUGUAUCUC